AUGUCCGAAUUCAUCGGAUCCCGAAUUUCUUUAAUCUCGCGUAGCGAUAUCCGCUAUGUCGGAACUCUCCAUCAGAUCGACUCUGAAAAUUCCACUGUUGGAUUGGAGAACGUCACAAAUCACGGAACGGAAGGCCGCUGCGAUGAUCCCGCCAAUGAAGUCGAUGGAACCGAUGAGAUAUAUGAUUACAUCGUCUUCCGGGGUAGCGAUGUAAAGGAUUUGCGGAUGGAGGCCCCAGAGGCUGCCCCAAAGCCGCCACCACCACAACCCUCUUUCCCGAAUGACCCCGCCAUCAUCAACGCUCAAAGGCCCCCAGGCUACCCCCCACCUCAACAUCUCAACUAUCAACAGAACGGCAGGCCCGGCCCAAACCAGCCGCCAUUUAACCCAAAUUUUGCACCUGGAUUUUAUCCCCCUCCCGGUCCAAUGGGUGGUCCAAGAGGCGGACCUGGUGGUCAAUUUUAUCCACAGCCUCCUUAUAUGGGAUUCCCAGGUGGCCCGGGUGCUCCUGGCUUCCCAGCUGGUCCAUUCCCUUAUGGAGUCCCUCCAUUCCCACCAGGCCCACAAAUUCCAGGCCAAGCCCCACCGCCAGGUGAUAACCGAAACAGAACUGCUGGUCAGGCGGGUGCGCAGCCUCAAUCUGCCCCCGCCCCCGCUCCUGUUCCCACCCAGGCCAAGGUCGAGCUUCCAGUCACCACUGCUGAAAACAAGGACACAGCUCCUGAACCAAAGGGAGCUGUUCCAACUCAACAGCCUCCCCCCCCACCACCUCUGGAAUCCAAGCCAGACGUUACCACUGCUUUGACUCAGCCAACUACCGUUGCUGCUCCAACUCAACCUACGGGCCCCAGAAAUGCGGGAACAAGAGGAAGAGGUGCUCGUGGCCGUGGAGCAUUUGGAAGUUCUCAGCCUGGCCACACACAAACGGGCACAACUAUUACAACCACGACUACAACGAUUACUCCGGCAGCCCCAGUUGUUCAACAGGCCCUAGCCCAAGCGCAGCCAGCCUCAGACUCUCCUGGACUUGCUGAUUUGGAAAGGAAGGUUCAAGCGAUGAAGCUUAAGCAAACAAAUGGUACAAACCAACAAUACCGCCAAAACAACAAUAACAAUAACAUCCCCUCUUCUCAAUACCGCGGCAGAGGCCGAGGACGUGGGGUUCCUUACGCUUCCCCUCACCAACCCAGGAAAGUUAAUGUCCCAACCACGGAUUACGACUUCGAAUUGGCCAACGCUCGCUUUACUAAGGUUGCUGAUGGCGAGGACGGCGCAUCAACUACUGAUGCGCAAGAAGGAUCAACCGAAAGAAAACCAUCAGUUGAUCAACCAGCUAUCAUCGCACCAACAGGAGGGUUUUAUAACAAGGGCAGCUCUUUUUUCGAUAAUAUAAGUUGUGAGAACAAAGAGCGUGCUGAGGCCAAGGAGGUUGGCGCUGAUGGUCGACCCGGAGUCCACCGUCGAAAUGAGGAGGUUCGAAAGAACAUCGAAACAUUCGGCCAAGGAUCUGUUGAUAGUGGCUACCGACGUGGUAACUGGCGCGGCCGUGGGCGUGGCAGAGGCUAUUAUAGAGGAAGAGGACGCGGUGGCGGCCAGCAGCAGCAGCAGCAGCAGCAGACUCACCCGCAGUCACAACCGGUCAGGGCUUCUAACUAA